AUGUUGCCGCAAUACUGCUCUCCAUACAACACCGAGAAGCGCCGCCUCAAUGAAGAGCAGGCGAUAGCUGCAGCAGAGAAACCUACAGCAGCAGCAGCAGCAGCAGCUGUUGCUAUGCCUCCAGCUUACAGAGAUAUGGAGCUUAUACUGUUCCCUGAAGGCAGCUUAAAAGACUCAAAUGGUAAUAUAGUGUCUCAGCAGCAUCUAAUAGGAAAGUCUGUUGGUUUAUAUUUCGCGGAUAGCAGCAACCCCAAAUGCAACAGCUUUCUUCCUUUUCUACUUCAGAUAGAGAGAGACGCCUCCGUGCCUACUCUGGGUCAGGGCCCGCGGGCCUGCGUCCCCGCGCUGGUGGUGGUGGGCGCCGACGGCCGCGACGCUCAGUUCCUGCAAGUGGGGGGCGGCAGAGACGAGGGAGAGAGAGCGAUACUCAGGUGGGACUGGAGAAACACAAAGUUCGGUGCUGACCGCUUCCUCGUGCGCCGCGAUGGCUAG